AUGUUAUAUCAAAAUACUCAACAGAAUAAAAUAUAUUCUACUGUAGGUUGCGAACAAAAUGAUGCGGAUAAUAACGAACCCAAUGUCGCUAUUCAUGCUAAUCCACAUGAUGACAUAGGACUAAGCCAUAAUGUUACCUCCAAUACGUCUAAAAAAGAGGAUAAUAUCCCAAAUAACAUUCCUGGCGGCAUAGUCCAUGGUCAUAUUCACAAUUACAAUAAUUUGACUUACAUUCAUGGUCACAUCCACAAUCAUAAAAAACAAAAUUCCAUAACCGAUGAUACUAAUAAAAAUCACAAUGUUGCUACCAAAACUGUACCAAAUACUGAUGUUAUUGAUCAUACUGGUGAUGCCAUCCCUAGUGGGACGACGGAGUACAAUUUAAGCUGUCCCGGUGUUUAUAAAAAUGCUGAGAAGAACGAAAAUAAUGCUUCUAUAUGCAAUAAUUUUGAUGAUUGCCAACAUUUCGAGUUUAUCAAUUAUCACAACUUUAAUUUAUUUGAUCAUGACGAAAGCCUUUUCAAUCGUACAUUAAAUCCUACUACCGAUUUAGAUUUAUUAUCUAAUUUCAAUAGCAUAAGCGCAACCAACACUAGUAAUCAUGAUAAUUAUGGAAGUAAAGAUUAUCUGACCCCCAACAGUCAUAAUCAUUUUUUCCCAUCACAGGACACCAGUUUAACCGACAAAAAUGAUUACACUGAUUCUACGGAAAACACUUUUUUUGUAAAUGACAGUGCAGAUGAAAAUAAAGCAUUAACGCCCGUUUUAUUAUUAUCUCAAAAUACUAACACCGAUACUAAUAACAAGCGAUUAUAUACCGAAGGAAAUAAAAUUGACAAAAAUGAAAAGAAAAAAAAAUUAUGUACUAAAAAAAACUGUUUUCCAAGAUUGGUAGAAAUAUGCUGCGAUAAUGUACACAAUGUCGAUACCUCUAAUGAAACAAGCACAAAUACAAAUAAAGAUAUAAAUAGUUCCGAAACUUCCUGUAAGACCCUUACUGAAAAUCAAAAAAAUGGCUCCACCACUAAUCCAAAUAAUUGCGACUUAAAUAAAAAUAAUAAUGGAAACUGUUUAAACGACACAGAAGUCUUAUUUUUAGAGCCACCAAGUGCCACCUCCAUGUUUCAAUCCUUAUCUAAUGCGUCUUCUGAAUUAAUAGAUUGUACUUUAACCUGUCCUCAUACAAAUAUCAGCAAUAAUUUUGACAAAAUUACUGUAAACAAUAAUUCUGCUGGUAUUUCUCACGAUCAUAUAUUUAACUCUAAAACUGAUUCAAAAAUAAUAGAGGAUUUUGUUAGUAUUUCUAAUAUGUAUGAUUUCCCAUUUGGUAAACAUCACCAUCACCAACACCAUCAGAAACAAGAUGCUAGUGGUAACAAAAAUUCCGCAACACCCUCUUCUCCAUCUACUAAUACCAAGUUUAAUGAUAUUACCAAUGAUAAAAAUCAAGUCAAUGGUAAUAUGAUCAAUAGCGACAAUGAUAAAAAUAAUUUAAAUUUAUUGGAUUCAUCUUUGAAAAAAAACCCCAAUGCAACUCAUGGAAACAGUAGUUAUGGUCACCAUCAUCAUCAUCAUCACAAAUUAGAAUUACAUGAUCAUUCUGCUGAAUUUAAUAACAUAUUAUUAAACAGUAAUAAUAACGAAAAUCUUAAUUCCAACAUUGGCACAAUUUUUAAUCAUUUUAGCGAUAACAACAACAACAACAACAACAACAACACCAUCACUACUACUCCUACUACUACAACUGAUAAUAACAACGGAAGCAGCUUUACUUCUAAUUUACACACCAUUCCCUCAAUGAACUGUAGACCAGUUAGUAAAGAAAGAUCCACGUUGAUGGACUGUUUUAAAUUUCAUCAUCAGCCUCAUAUCAAUACAAGCACUGACAAUACUGUAGAAAAUACCAACACAUCUGCGUCUGAAUUCGAUACAACAAAACACCAUUUUCAUCCAGCUAUCUCGCCUGGUACACAUGGGAUAUACUCUACUCAGAUCAAUUUCAAUUGGCAUCUCCAGCAACUUGGAGAAGAAAAUAAUGGCAAUGACUCUUCGACUUUGAAAGCUAACGCAGAUACUAAUACGGGUAAAAACUUGGCUCAUUUCCCAUGCAAAUGGGAUGAAUGCAAAGUUGAAUUUGACACUUUACUCGACUUACAAGGACAUAUGCUACAUGAUCAUGUGGACGAAAGCUCCCAAAAUUGCGAAUGGUUAAAUUGUGAGUUUCAUGGUGAUGAUAUAUGCUCUUUAGUCAACCAUAUAAAUGAUUGCCACGGUAUUGGGUUCCAAAUGGAAAUGGCCAAUAUUGAACAUUCAAAUGAUUUGAAUUAUGGUCAGCAGCAUCAUGCCUGCAUCCCUCCUAAGGUGAAUGACAUCAUUAAACAAGAUAAUAUCAAGGCAAUACCACCUAAUAGUACUGACAUUCAACAAGUGCUCAGCACCACAUGGCCAGACAAAGAUUCCGGUUACAAAUGCCAUGAAGGCAAUUCGUUACAUCGUUGUAAAUGGAGUGGUUGUAAUGAAACGUUUAAAAACUGCUGUGAUUUAGACAAGCAUUUGCAAGAAUUUCAUUUAGAAAAGGGUAAAAGCAUGUAUAAUUGCCUUUGGGGAAACUGUAAUAAAUCUUUUAAACAAAGACAAAAGUUGCAACGCCAUUUAAAGGUUCAUUCAUGUUACAAGGGUUACAAGUGUGAUGUUUGUGAUAAAAGUUUUUCCACUAAAGAUGUCUUACGACAACACAUGAAUACUCAUAACGAUUUUAAAUUAUAUACUUGUGCAGUUUGUCACAAAGGAUUUAAUUCACAAAGCUCCCUGAAAAUCCACUUUAGAAUACACACUGGAGAAAAGCCGUUAAGUUGUAAAAUAUGUGGGAAAAAGUUUAAUGAACACUCAAACUUGUCUAAACAUAUAAAGACACAUAUGCACAAGUACAAAUGUCCCGAGUGUACUAAGAGUUUUAACACGCUGGAGAAAUUAAAUAAUCAUCAACAAAAUAUUCAUCAUAAAUGA